GUUGUUGUCAUAGACGAAAAUGAUUGAACGCCGAUGGCCUCAGAUUUUCACGCUUGAAAAGAAGUGAUUUUACGUAUCAUAGACUGUACAUCGAAGCGAAGUUUAUGGGCGAAAAGAAGCAAGGGAUCGAAUGAAGGCAGAGACGACGAGGCGCCGGGACUUUAAACAUGUGUCGAUCCCGGACUCAGCUGUGCUUCUGCACCGAGCCUCUCCGGAGACCAACACAUCCAUGAAAACCAGAUCCUGCUCUAAAUGGACUACCCCGACUGAGUUAUAGUUUUCCUGAGACACAACUGAUAACUUUGCAACAAUGUCUGUCUCCACGGUUUUGGCAAAGGCGCUGUUUGACAACGCGGCAGAGAGCCCGGAGGAGCUGGCUUUCCGGAAGGGUGACAUACUGAUGGUUCUUGAACAGGAGCAGGGUGGUGGGCCGGGUUGGUGGCUCUGCUCCCUGCAUGGCCGACAGGGCAUUGUCCCUGCCAACCGCCUCCGUCUCCUCCAGACCGCCCCACCACCGGACUCUGAUCCCCGUCGAGGCUCCACUGAGGACUCUGUUUACCUUUCCCCUGUCCCCCCACUGGCUCGCUCUGCUGUCAGCAGCAGUGCAGAGGACUUAGACGGAGUGUAUCGCUCCCCUCCAUGCGCGGGUGAGGGCCGAGUGGCUGCCUCGAGGCCGGGGGAGCUCCGCAGAGUCGAGGCCGGGCGCCCGCGCUCACAAUCCAGCUCUGGCACCCGGCCCAGACCUGACUGGGAUUUAGGGAUCGGGGGACGUCCGCGCUCACCCUCCCUCAGAGGACGAGGCACGGAAACAUCAGGAACACUUUAUCAGUCUCCAGUCAGUCCCAUGCCUACUGCAGCUCUCAUGGAUUCAGAGUCCGUGUACCUCGCCCCCACAGGACUUCCAAGGGCUGCCGAUGAACCAGAGGACACUACAUAUCUAUUUCCAAGAGAAACAGUAACCACAGAACACUCAGACGACUGUUACUUGGUGCCUAAAGGUACGCCGCUUGCAGGGGAAGAUGUUUACCAAUCUCCAACAGGAGGGAUUCUAGCCACUGCUUUUUGCUUGAAUGGCGGAACACCCGGUACCCCCCACUCUAAAGCAAGCCAGGGCUCACCUGAGAUGUACCAAACACCCACCGCUGUUGGAGCAUGCCUCCACAGGACUCAAGCCACUGUUUUGGCCCAUCAGCACCCAUCUCCAGUAUCCCCUGCCCAAGCAUCUCCCAGACCUUUGCUAAAGGGAGUUUUACCCAACCCAGCGGCAGCCAGGGGUAAACCCGGCCUGGGGGGUCACCGGGGGUCUCCUAUGCUGAUCAGAGCAGGGCAGGUCAGGGUUCCUGGAUCGCCAAAUUUCACGCGCAAACCCCCUCCACCAGCACCUCCAGUGAGGGGAGUCACCAGGAAAGAUUCAGCAUCGUCAGCAGAUGCUAACUCACCCAAACCCACCGCUCAGGUCACUCCUGUAAGCCUGCAGCAAGAGGAGGACAAACAGAGGGGGGUUCCUCAGAGCAAGGAGGAGAGGAUGAGUAACGGGCUGGAGAAAAGCAACAACAUGCAGAACAAAAAAGGAGAACAUCAGGAUUCAGAUGUUGUGGACGAUCAGAUAUAUGACACCCCUCCCAGCGGCAGGUGGCAGCGUCAAGUCCCAUCUUCCAUUGGUGAUGAGGACGAUAAUGGGAUCUAUGACACCCCCCGCUGUCUCCCAUCGCUAGGGGAUUCUGAGAAUGAGGUCUAUGAUGUUCCCUCCAUCACUCUGAAUGUCUCUGACUUCCAGCCUGAUGAAGUUGAUGACGAUGUCUACAGUGUCCCCACGCUUCCUGGUGUCCCUCUGGGUCCGGGAGACUCCACCCUCAGUCACUCCGGAGACGACGUAGGACAGAUCUACCGUGUCCCCGGCCCGGAGAAACGAGCCAGCAGCGGCUAUCAGAACCGGGACUCUUGUGAGCCCGACUGUGGCAUCUACGACAUGCCUGCAUUGACUACCGAACUCCUCGCUCACUCUCUGUCGACCUCGUCCACCUCCACUCGCCGCCUCUCUGUCUCGAGUAACGGAUCGGGGGACAUGCAGUGGAGGGUCACGCUUUCCAACCUCGUCCACUCGGUUCUGAGCUCCGCCUCCACGCUGUCGUCACGGGACCUGGCCACCUCGCUGGCUGAGAUCCUCUCCACCUGGAAAGCGUGUCUCUCCGACGACCCCCCCCCCCUUUCCAGCAGACGUGGGCUCGCCUCUCCGACCUCCUGCCGGCGCUAUCCGCCUUCGGCAGCGCCCCUCCCUCCGAGGGGCUGCUAACGCUGGUCCAGCGCUCCCUGGAGGAGAGCGCCCUCCUCCUGCAGGCUCAGGGUCGACCACGUUUGCCUUCCCAGGACUCCCUGUCCCGCAGGC